AUGGGCCAGGCCCUUGUGGAUCAGGCGCCCGAUGAUGAAAUGGCCUCUGCAGGUGUGCCAGGAGAGAAGUCUCUGCUUACUGUAAAAGUGGUGUCGGCAAAGCCCAAGGCGCACGGCCGCCAGUCUCGGAUCAGCUUCUUUGUGGAGGUGGCAGCCGAUGGGCUCAGCAGCGAGACCAAAAAAACGGGGAAACGGAUUGGGGGCUCCGAGGUGCUCUGGAACGAAAGCCUUACGCUGAACGUCACGGCCCAGAGCCACCUCGACGUGAAGCUAUGGAGCUGCCACACCCUCCGGAACGAGCUCCUGGGCACGGCCUCUGUCAGUCUCUCCAGCCUGCAGCAGAGCAAGGGGAAAGGGCCGCUCGCCUGGCGAGAGCGGUCCCUGGCCUCUGGAGGGAACAAGGCCUCAUUGUCAGGGGCUGGGCGGCCUGUCGGGCGCUCAGGGCUGCCGGUGUGCUCUGGAGGGAGAGUCCGAGCCCCUGCCCAGUUGCUGCUGCUUGUGGUCACUGACCUGGCCCCAGAGUACUGCCACCACCACCACCACAUAAAGGUCUCUGUUCAGGGGUGCCAGGCAAGCGACAGGGAGCCAGGGGGCACGGCUUCCCCACCAGAGGGCAAGUGUCAGGGCUCCAGCACCAACUGCUUUGGGAACCGGUCCAGGGGGGGACACAGACACACCACCGGAGGGACCGGGCAGAGCCUGGCCAACGGGGGGCAGAGCCCCCGAGCUGGGCACCCGCAGCUGGGCAACAGCCAGGCUGGCACAGUGAAUGGCACAGUGAGCGGAGGAGAGUCUGCUGGUCCAGCCCCCGCCCCCGCCGAAGAGGAGCCGGCCACGAGCCCCGACCCCAGCACUGCUGGCGACCCCGCAGGGCCAGAGGAGCCGCCCCCCACCUCGGGGACCCCCCCAGCUUCCCAGCCGGCAGUCCAGGCCCUGGAGGUGCUGCCCCCUGGGUGGGAGCAGCGGGAGCUGCCCAAUGGGCGAGUGUAUUACGUGGACCACAACACCAAGACCACCACGUGGGAGCGGCCCCUUCCCCCGGGCUGGGAGAAGCGCGUGGACCCACGUGGCAGGUACUACUAUGUGGACCACAACACGCGCACCACCACCUGGCAGCGCCCCACGGCCGAGUACGUGCGCAGCUACGAGCAGUGGCAGAGCCAGCGCAACCAGUUGCAGGGGGCCAUGCAACAGUUCAGUCAAAGAUUCCUCUACCAGUCUUCGGGCGCCCCGUCUGACAAUGACCCGCUCGGCCCCCUUCCUCCCGGCUGGGAAAAGAGACAGGACAACGGGCGAGUCUACUAUGUGAACCACAACACUCGUACCACACAAUGGGAGGACCCCCGCACGCAGGGGAUGAUCCAGGAACCGGCGCUGCCACCCGGCUGGGAGAUGAAAUAUACCAGCGAAGGAGUCUGCUACUUUGUGGACCACAACACUCGCACGACCACCUUCAAAGACCCCCGUCCUGGAUUCGAGUCUGGCCUGAAGGGCUUGCUGGACCUCUGGGUGUGUCUCCUCUGUGCACGGCCCUCUUCUGCCCUUCCCAACACUGGGCACCAGUUUCGCUUCCUUUGUCAUUCCAAUGCGCUGCCCAGCCACGUCAAGAUCAGUGUCUCGCGGCAGACUCUCUUUGAAGACUCCUUCCAGCAGAUCAUGAACAUGAAGCCCUACGACCUGCGUCGCCGGCUGUACAUCAUCAUGCGUGGGGAGGAGGGCCUGGAUUAUGGCGGCAUCGCCAGGGAGUGGUUCUUCCUCCUGUCCCACGAGGUGCUCAACCCCAUGUACUGCCUCUUUGAGUACGCCGGCAAGAACAACUACUGCCUGCAGAUCAAUCCGGCCUCCUCCAUCAACCCGGACCACCUCACCUACUUCCGCUUCAUCGGCCGCUUCAUCGCCAUGACUAUUACUCACCGCCUGGCUGGGCCGAUCCAGACGCAUGCAGCCGUCUGCGUUUUUCUUGGCUCGGGCGGGCAGGCCUGUGGCCGCCGAGGGCUGCUGGGAACAAACGCGGCUCUGAGGCCAGAGAACAACCUGGAGGAGUGUGGCCUGGAGCUCUACUUCAUCCAAGACAUGGAGAUCCUGGGCAAGGUGACCACCCACGAGCUGAAGGCGGGCGGGGAGAGCAUCCGGGUCACCGAGGAGAACAAGGAGGAGUACAUCAUGCUGCUGACGGACUGGCGGUUCACCCGGGGUGUGGAGGAGCAGACCAAGGCCUUCCUGGACGGCUUCAACGAGGUGGCCCCGCUGGAGUGGCUGCGCUACUUUGACGAGAAGGAGCUGGAGCUGAUGCUGUGCGGCAUGCAGGAGAUCGACUUGAGCGACUGGCAGAAGAACGCCAUCUACCGGCACUACACCAAGAACAGCAAGCAGGUCCAGUGGUUCUGGCAGGUGGUCAAGGAGAUGGACAACGAGCAGAGGAUCCGGCUGCUGCAGUUUGUGACGGGGACCUGCCGCCUGCCCGUGGGCGGGUUUGCUGAGCUCAUUGGUAGCAACGGGCCUCAGAAGUUUUGCAUUGACAAAGUGGGCAAGGAGACGUGGCUGCCCCGGAGCCACACGUGCUUCAACCGCCUGGACCUGCCUCCCUACAAGAGCAUGGAGCAGCUGAAAGAGAAGCUCCUCUACGCCAUCGAGGAGACAGAGGGCUUCGGGCAGGAGUGAGGGGGCGGGGGCACCUUGGGCAGCGGAAGGCCAACGCCAGCCGGGCGCUCUCGGAGGGGAGCAAGCCCCCGGGGUGAGGCGGGCAGCAGGCCUUGGGCUGGGCUGGGCUGAACGAGGACUGCAGAAAGCCACCCCCUUGUCUCCCUCUCCCCUGCCCUUGGCCGAGGGAGGGCCUGUCCCCAGCAGCAGCUUGGAGUUGGCGGCCCUGAGGGUGCCUCCCAGGCCUCUGACCGCUGCCAGCUGUGUUGUGUUCCACUCUUGCUGACCACCAGCAGCAGCAGCAGCAGCAACCCCACCGCCCUUGCCUCCCC